AUGAGCGAGAAAGAGGUCGUCCAGCAGGGGGCGGCCGACUCAGCGGCUCGCCCCCACGAUGAACAGCCUACCGAGAAGACUGAUCUCAAGGAUGAGGCUGCGAAGUCCGACAAGAACGAGUCCGAGGGCGAAAUCGAGGAAGAAGACCUCUACAAGCCCCUGCUGAUGGACGCCAACAUUCCCCACGAGGAUGACCCCGUCACAGUCCGUGCUAUUGUCGUCGGUUGCAUUCUUGGUUCACUCGUCUGCGCUUCCAACUUGUACCUUGGUCUCAAGACCGGCUUCACCUUCAGCGCCAACAUCUUUGGUGCCAUCUUCGGCUAUGGCAUCCUCAAGUUCUUCGAGAAGGCCGGUGGCAAGAUUCCACUCAUUGGUGGCUUCUUCGGUCCCCAGGAAAACUCGAUCGUUCAGGCUGCUGCCACUGGUGCCGGUGGCACUGGUGGUAUCUUCGUUGCUGCCCUUCCGGCCAUGUACCGUCUCGGUGUGAUGGGUGAGGGCCGCUCCCCUCGUGAUGACAUUGGCGCCAUCUUCACCAUUACCUUGGUCGCUUCCUUCAUUGGUCUUUUCUACGUCACUCCUCUUCGCCGUUUUUUCAUCGUCCAGGUCGCCCGCGAGCUCAAGCUGCUCUUUCCUACUCCCACCGCUGUGGCGCUUACCAUCCGCUCCAUGCACGCUGGUGCCGCUGGCUCCCUAGAGGCCAUGAAGAAGCUCAAGUGUCUGGCUAUCUGCUUCGUUACCUCGAUGAUUCACCGUGUCGUCUCGACCUAUGCAAUUGGCAUUCUCUACGACUGGCACAUCUUUACCUGGUUCCACAUCUGGAGCGGCUACAAGAGCUGGGCCUUGAACAUUGAGUCGUGGGGCUGGUACUUCGAGUGGACUCCUGCCUUCAUUGGUUCUGGUAUCCUGAUCGGUCUUAACCCUGCCAUCUCUAUGUUCGUCGGUUCCCUCAUGGCUUGGGGUCUCAUUGGCCCUCUCCUUGUCCACUACGGCGAGUGCAUUGGUAUCCAGCUCGCUCCCGAUGACCCGAAGUGGGAUUCCUAUUACUCAUUUGCCUCGCUGAAGAACCUCGGCAAGGUCACCCCAUCUCCUCGUUAUUGGCUUCUCUGGCCCGGUGUCAUGGUCAUGGUCUGCUCCUCCAUGGCUGAGCUCUUCGUCCAGUAUAAAGCUAUCUGGGCCGGCGUCAAGUCCCUUUGGAACCACACCUGCAGCGGCAUCAAUUACGCUCUGGAGAAGCGCGGCAAGCAGAGCGCCUUCUUCGCCAAGCAUGGUGCCCCCAGGGAGAAGUCCGAGCACGCUGUCGAGGAUCCCUUCCCUCCGGAGCAGCAAGUCAAAGACUGGAUGUGGAUUGUUGGUCUGCUUGCCUGCCUCGUUGCCGGUAUCCUUAUCUUCCACUUCCAGUGGGAGAUGAACGGCGGUCUCACCAUCCUUGCUAUCUUCCUCGCUUUCCUUUUCUCUUUCCUCGCUAUCCAGAUCGGAGCCGUCACGGACAAUACCCCUCUUACUGCUGCCGCCAAGGCCUCUCAGCUCAUCUUCGGUGCUGCCACUUCGAACGGCAACUACAGCGUUGAGCACGCCCAGAAGCUCAACUUGGUCGCUGGUGCCCUCGCGUCGGGUGGUGCUGAUACCGCCACUGCUCUUGUUAGCGACUUCCGUACCGGUUUCCUCAUUGGCACUCCCCCGAUCAAGCAGUGGGUGGCCCAGGCCAUUGGUGUUUUCGUCUCUGUCUGGCUCGGCCCCGGUCUGUUUGUACUCUUCACUACUGCCUAUCCUUGCAUCUGGAACGGUGAUGACCACUGCGCCUUCUCCGUCCCGUCUGUCUCUGCUUGGGCUGCCGUCGCCCAGGCCGUCACUGACCCCAACGUCAGCAUCCCGCUGUCUUCUGGUAUCUUCGCCAUUGUCAUGGGUGUCAUCUCCGUCAUCCAGGUCGUUGUCCGCCACUUUUACCUCGUCGGUGAACGUGAGAAGUACCGCGAGUGGUUGCCCAACUGGGGUGCUAUUGCCCUUUCCUGGGUCAUUCCCGCUCCUGUGUUCGCCAACGCUGCCCUCCUCGGCGCCAUUAUCGCCCACUUCUGGAGGAAGUACAGCAUGCGCACUUGGGAGAUUUAUGGCUACGCCGUCGCUGCUGGCUUCAUUGCUGGCGAGGGCUUCGGUGGUGUCAUUAACGCCGUACUCACCAUUCUCAAGGUCGAUGGUUACACUGUCGGCACGCACAUUGCUUGCCCGCUCAACGAAUGCUAA